UGCACGCAGAUGGAAAAGCAACUGAGUCAGGGAGGGCUGCCUCUCAUCUCUCCGCUGUCAUCGCCAUCCUUUCCUCUCCCUCUUCUCCUCCUCUGCUGCCAUGGAGCUCCAGCAGGCUGAAUCACAGCAGCAUCUGCAUAAAGGGCUGAGGUAGCUGCGCGUGUGUGUGGGGUUCUCAGUCAGGUCAUUAUGGAGUGUGUGUGUCUGGGGAGGUGGAUGUUGGGCUUUGCUGUCGUGUUCCUUCACACACUGGCCCUGUCCUGGACAGGUGCAAUUGAGACCGCCCCUAAAAUUGACGGACAGCACUGGGGAGGUGUGACACUGCAGGAGAACGUGACACACAGGUUCAACUGCCAUUCAGACGGCUGGGAUCCCCAUGCGCCGCCCUUGCUGACCUGGUAUUUGAAUGGUGAGCAGCAGAAAGGUCCAUCACCAAACCACGGCCGUCUGGUCAUGACGUCACAAGAGGAUUCUGAGGUCAUGAGACCAGGGGCCAGUCACAACAGCACUUUCUCUUUGCGGGCCAGAAAGUGGGACAAGGAGCUGGUGUGUGUCGCAUCAAACCCCACGACAGGGGAAAGCUACAAUGCCACGGUCACACUCAAUGUCCAGUUCCAGCCUGAAAUCCUCAGGGUGAAUGCCCACUACAGUGAAACCUCAGACCCGGGCCUCUCCCUGGUCCUCUUCGCCUUGGUACGGUCCAACCCACCUGCCACUAUCACCUUUGUUGACCAGUCUGGCCAGCUGGUGGCUAAUACCUCUGACUUCCUCAUCCUGGACUCACGAAGUUACCCCUGGCUGACCAAUCACACGCUGAGAGUCACACUCAGUAGCCUAUCAGGGAAUGUCUCGCUGAAUGCCAGCAACAGUGUGGGAGCAGUGCAAAGCAACCUCACGCUGGCAGAGUUCCUGCAGUCUCGUGUGGAGGUGCCCAUGCUGGGAAUAGUGACUGGAGGAGCCAUGGCCUUCAUGGCCCUCCUCAUCCUCAGUCUGAUAGUUCUCUGCCUCAUGCAAAAAAAUAAGAGCAAGUCCAUCGUUGAGCCAGUAGAGAUUGUGAUGACCAAGAAGAGUGAGUCGGCCAGCCUGAAGACAGAGAAAGCUGAUAAGACCCAUAUCCCCAGAGAGAACAUGUCCCUGCCGUCAAACAUGCAGCUCAACGACCUCAGCACUUUAAGGAAAGCCCGAGAGGCCGCCCAGCAGAACAGUGUGGGAGAGGAGAAGAAAGAGGAAGACGAGGAGGAGGAUUUAUCUUUAGCCUAUGCUGCCAGAGGUUUUGCCAGAUAUCCGAUGGUGGGCUACAUCUAUAAGGUCAACAGCACAAGCAGUGAGGAGAUCUGGCUCUGAUGGCCCUGGAAAUGACACACAUACUGUGCGUGCAUGCAGCCUUCUUCAAAGCAGUGCAGCCGCCCCAGAGGAAACCCAGAGCAACUGCCACUCAACCAACAACUCAGGCUGGACUGGGUCGAACAGGAUCCGGGAUCUUGUGUGUCUUCGGACCACAUCGACAGUCCUCCAUUUCUCUGGCUCUAACAUGAACACGAGUUUCAUGUCCACACAAGAAAACUGUCUGUGUAUUUGUUACCAAGUGCUCGGGUGUUUACACUGCUGACGUGCUGUCUCAACAGUAUGAGCUCCAAAUAAAAAGGCUCAUAUUUCGGUAUGUUUUGACAUGAAUUCCUAUAACCACAUGCUCAUAAUGUCCUCCUCUGUGUUGCAUCACUGGAAUGCAUUAAAUGUUCUAUGCUAACGCUGAUAUUUGUAUAAGA